AUGCCACCCAUUACUCAAGUGCCAACCAGUAUGAGUUUGGAAACUAUGACCUGCACAAGGUGCGAUGAAGGCUUUGAGCCUCAAGAGAAGAUUGUCAACUCGAAUGGACAAUUGUGGCACAUUCAGUGCUUUGUCUGUGCUCAGUGCUUCCGAACAUUUCAAGAUGGCAUUUUCUACGAGUUUGAAGGACGCAAAUAUUGCGAGAAAGAUUUUCGUGUUCUUUUUGCUCCAUAUUGCUCAAAAUGCGGCGAAAUUGUUAUCGGACGUGUCAUUAAGGCAAUGCAAGCAAGUUGGCAUCCAGAAUGCUUUCGUUGUCAACUGUGUGCAAAGGAACUUGCUGACUCAGGCUUUAUUCGCAACAACAAUCGUGCAUUGUGUCAUGGAUGUAAUGCAAACAUUAAGGCAUCUGAAAUUGGAAAGUAUUCGUGCCAAAAGUGUCAUGGAAUCAUUGAUGGUGCUCCAUUGCGCUUCCGUGGUGAAGUUUAUCAUGGUUAUCACUUCAAUUGUACAAGUUGUGGUGUUGAAUUGGAUUCGACAGCUCGUGAAAUCAAGAGCCGUACUGGCUUUGCAGCUAAUGAUAUGAAUGAGCUUUAUUGCUUAAAAUGUCAUGAUCGUAUGGGGGUUCCAAUUUGCGGUGCUUGUCGUCGUCCAAUUGAAGAACGUGUUGUAACUGCUUUGGGUAAGCACUGGCAUGUUGAGCAUUUCGUUUGUGCCAAAUGUGAGAAGCCAUUCUUAGGUCAUCGACAUUAUGAGAAGCGUGGAUUGGCUUACUGCGAAACGCAUUAUCACCAACUUUUCGGCAAUUUGUGUUUCGUAUGCAAUCAAGUCGUAUCUGGCGAUGUCUUUACAGCAUUGAAUAAAGCAUGGUGUGUUCAUCAUUUCUCGUGCGAUAUGUGCAACACUAAUUUGGAUCUAAAGUCGAAAUUCUACGAGUACGAUGAGAAGCCAGUUUGUAAGAAAUGUUAUGAGAGGAUGCCAUCAGAGUUGAGGAAGAGAUUACGAGUCGCUCAUGAGAACACAAUGAGAAAGAAUUAA